AAGCCAGUGCCGCGGCAAAGCAAGGCAUUCUGCACGGCAUAGCCCAUUGGUGAGCUGUGCAUGCUGCACCCAAUUCAUCGCGCAAUCAUUCUCCUCACUGCAGCCCGAGCGAUGCGGUGCCCGCACACGCAGCUCAGACUGCGGCUUGGAGCAGCAGAGAUUAGAGAUACUGCUGCAGCGCUCGUGAGCGGCCUCGAGGCCGCAGCGACUGACAUAGAAAGCGGCAAUGCACAAGACGCACUAGCAGCGUGGACUCGUGCCACGGACGCCGUCGCAGUAGGGUCCGCUGAAGUUUGCUUACCGGCGCUCGUGGCGACGGACGCCGCGGCACGUGAUGCUGGUGCUGCGGCGAAACGAAGCAUUAUCGAUGCGUUCGGAACCUGUUACGGCCGCAAGGCUCUUUACGACGCCAUCAAGGCGUCCGAGACGACGGAUCCUCUGCUGGCGCGCGCACGCGAUAAGCACGUUGCGCGCUUCGAGGCGAAUGGCCUCGCGCUCGCCGAUGCCGCUGCGCGCGAACAAGUCGCGAAGCUGAAGCUAGAGCUAGGAGCCGAGUGCGCCGCCAUGGAACAAGAGAUCAACGGCGACUCAUCUACUGUCGCACUGACGCGCGACGAGCUCGAGGGCGUGCCCGCGGCCCUGGUGGACGCCCUUCCCGUCGGAGACGGCGACAAAUUGCUCGUAUCACUCAAAGCCCCCACCCUCACGCCCGUAUUGCAGCACGCGCGGGACCCCGCGGCGCGGCGCAAGGCUUAUAUUGCAGGAACCUCGCGCUGCCCGGAGAACGCGCGGCGCCUGAAUAGGGUCGUAGCGCUGCGCGCCCAGAUAGCGGGACUCCUGGGCUUCGCGAGCCACGCCGAAGGGACGCUAAAGGGCAACAUGGCCUCGUCGCCGGACGAGGUGAACGCCUUCCUGGAUCGCGUCGUCACGCGCCUGAAGCCGAAGCGCGACGAGGACUACGCGUCGCUCCUCGCGUUGAAAAGGAGCGAGACGCCCGGCGCCGACGCCCUGGACCCGUGGGACACGGCGUAUUUCGGUCGACAGAUCCGAGAAUCGAAAGGCAUCGACGAGGAGGCGCUCAAGCCCCACUUUCCCGCGUCUGAAGUGGUCCCCGCGACGAUCAAAGCCUUGGGCGAGGACUUAUUUGGAUUUACGGUGCGCGGCCCGCUCGACGACGCACAACUCUGGCACGACGACUGCGAAUUAUAUGAGGUCGCAAAGGACGAUAUCAUAGUGGGCCACGUGGCUUUAGACCUCAAGUCGAGGGACGGCAAGUUCGGCCAUCAGAUGGUCGUGCCCCUGCGGCCGGCACUUGUGAACGGCGCGCCGAAUUGUUGCGCCGUGCUCGGCAACAUGGGCGACGCGAAUGGAAGAUUACGCUUCCGCGAGGUCGAAACAUUAUUACAUGAACUGGGCCACGUUUUCCACGCCCUCGCCGGCGCGCCGAAGCCGUCGAUUCUCGGCUGGGCCUGGCCCAUGGUGCCCUGGCCGGGCGGCGUCGAGAUGGAUAUGUUGGAGGUGCCGUCGAUGCUCACGCAGCAGUUUGUGUACGCGGCGGCCGCGUCCGAAACGUUGUCUGCUUCUACGCGGCCCCCACGCCAUCGCCGCGUCACGGGUCGCCCGCGCAGGUACGCGCCUGCGGUCUUGGCGAAGAUUGCCAGGCCGCACGCGGAGACGGGUGCCUCGCUGCCGUCAAAAACGAUCGAGGCGCUCGCGGAGAACCGGCACCUCCUAGCCGGUUUGGGCAACGCGAGGUAUAUUGCGAUGUGUCGCUACGACAUGGCCAUGCACUCGCUCGCGUCAGCCGCCGACGUCGACGCGUGUGGUCUUUGGCAGGAAAUUUAUAGGGAGACUGCAGGUUUCACCGAAGCGCCCGGGACACACUUCGCGUCGACGUGGUACCAUAUGUGCAUCGGGUACGACGCGGGCUACUACUCGUACCUCUGGAGCGAGGUCAACGCCGUCGACGCGUACAAACAGUUCGGCGACGAGCUCGACGCGGCCGCGGGGCGCCGCUUCCGCGAGUGCGUGCUCGAGCCCGGCGCCGCGGCCGGCGGCGCCGCGAUGAUGGAGGCGUUCCUGGGCCGGCCGUUCCGGGAGGACGCGUACUUCGAGCGGCUCGGGGUCCCGGUGUCGAGUUAACUACGUAAAAUCUA